UGAGCGAACUAAUGGUAAACAAUGGCCAUGUCGCUCCUGAGGCAAGUCAUAUCCUCUAAUGCGACAGCUGCUACGAGGGAAAUAUCUCCAUUACUCAAUAAUCAUGGUGUUUGGCUUGCUAGCACCAGAAAUGCCAGCAAAAAGUCAGGAGGUAGCAGUCGAAACACAAAGGGUAGGCCAAGGGGCAAAUCCAGAGGUCUUAAGAAAGAAGAUGGUGACUGGGUAACUCAAGGAAGCAUUCUUGUGCGCCAGCUGGGUCUUGAAUUCCUUCCUGGAUUAAAUGUUGGCAUUGGGAGAGACAGAACACUGUAUGCAAAAUAUCAUGGCCGUGUGAUGAUCACAACAGAAAAAGUUGAUCCUAAUUGGGACCACAAAAUUGUCAAGCGUUUCAAAGGCCUCAUCCAGCAAGAUGAAGGUGCACCUAUAUAUAAAACAUAUCUCCAUAUCUUAACAGAGCCACAAAAAACUAAUUUCAAACUUGUUGAUCAAAUUUGAGCAUUGUGAUAUUUUAUGAAGUUUCUAAUUGCUGUUUGCAAUUAGCAGUGUUGAAAAUAUGGCAACCCUUUCAAGAAGUCAGAAAGAAGAACUAAAUGGAAUGUCUGUAGGAUUUAUUAUUUUUUUUUUUUUAGAUUUUUAGGAUUUAUAAGAGGGGGCAAAAUAAAAGAAAUUAUACAAGUGUGUGAUUUUCAAAAUCCACAUUUUUCCAGUAAGUAAAGGCUAUAAAAUUAUAGUGAUACCCUCCCCCUCUGAAAAUACUGGUUGUUGACUCAGCACGUUCCAGUGAAAUGAGUUAUACCUUGCAAAAUAUAGUAGUAUUUGUUACCUCACUUGGUUCAUUUCCUCCUCCCUUUACUUCCUCUCUUCCUGUCCAUCCUGCACCUGUUAGCAGUGGUCUGACUACCUAUCUAUCUACCAGUUCCAACCUUUUUUUUUUUCUUUUUCUCUCCUCCUUUUGUGUUUUCCUAAUCACUCAGAGCCAUUAGCAUGAAGAGUGGAAGUAACCAGGUAUCACCUGCCUCAGCUUGCAGAAAACAUCCUCACUCAUCAUAUAGAACAAUUAACACAAGGGAGUGAGAACAAGGAGGCAAAUCAUAAUGCAGUACAACACUGUACAUUGCACUUUGUUAGCAGUAUCUGUGUGUGUGUGUGUGUGUGUGUAUAUAACUGCUCCCUUUGUAUCAUGUAGUGUACAAUUAUCAUAAUCAGAAUAUAUUAUGAUGGAAAUAAAACAUUGCCAUUUA